UAGUGGACGGGACGUUUCUUCAACAACAACAACAGCUAGUCAGACACCUCGGUAGCUUGCUCGCCAACAUAACCGAAACAUUGAAGCUCUUUAGACUGUCUCAGUGUUUUAAAAACAGUUUUGUCGUUUAGCUAGUUACCUUAUUUAAUGUUAUAUGUACAUUGUUAGUCAGUUAGCUGGCUUGAUAAGUUAGCCUAGCACUAGGCUAGUCGCUAAUGCUAGCUAGCUAACAUCCCUGACCAUGAGUUCACUAAGCUACUCUCCUCCUGCUAAAGAAGAAGCGGUCUGCUGGACGGAGAAUAAGGCUCCAGAGGGUAUAUGGCUGAACAUUGUCGUGAAAGAGGAGAAAGAAGAGGAGGAUGUCACAGUUAAAAAACAAGUAAAGGUUGAGGCUGUUCCCGUGAAAGAAGAAGAGGAAGACGUUACUGUGAAAGAAGAGGAAGACACGUUCAGAGUGAAAGAGGAGGAGGAAGAGCAAGAGGAGGAUGCAGGGGAGGAGGGGGAGAUGACUGUCACAUUGAAAGAAGAAGACGAGGAGGAGACAGAAGAUCUGAUUGAGACCAGAGAAAGACCAGACUCUCACUCUGACAGCAGAAAGAAUCCUUCAGGAGGACCAGACCCAGUGACACACAAACCAGCGAGACAACACCACUCCCUAUCAUGGGCCCUAAAACAGCAUGAGAGGACACACACAGGGGAAAAGCCUUUCCAAUGUUCCCACUGUGGAAAGCGUUUUGCCCGCUUAAGGAGCCUGAAGGAGCAUGAGAGGACACACACAGGGGAAAAUCUUUUCCAAUGUUCCCACUGUGGAAAGCGUUUUACCCGCUUAAUGAGCCUGAAGGAGCAUGAGAGGAUACACACAGGGGAAAAGCCUUUCCAAUGUUCCAAGUGUGAACAGAGUUUUACCCGCUUAAGGAACCUGAAGAGGCAUGAGAAGAUACACACAGGGGAAAUAAUUUCCAAUGUUCCCAGUGUGGAAAUAGUUUUAUCAAUUUAAGACAUCUGAAUAAGCAUGAACUUACCAGUGCUGUCAUUGUGGAGAGACAUUUUCCCAGUCAGAGGACCUGAAAUCACAUCAGAGAAUAGAGAGACUGUGUUCUGACUUAUGUUUUUGACCUGAUAAUUUAGGUGUUUGUUUAUACCACAUGAAAUCAUAUUGUUUAUAUGAAAUCAUUAACAAAACAGACCUACUUUUGUUUAAGUUUUCAUCUGGAGAUGAUAAAUACUAUACAAUGUGUUUUGAUUAUGAACUUUAAUCCAUUGCAUACCCUCUAAUAUUGUUCAUUAUGUUUUUGGGAUAUUGCUAAAUGUUGAUGAUAUUGCUAAAUGUUGAUGAAUGGAGUUUGCAUUUCUUGAUUCUAACCUUAAACCUCUUGAAUUUGAUGUGAUCUGGUUUUUCACUAAAUGAAUUGUAUUACAUGAUUUAGAUAUUGCACCAUGUAAAUUAUUGAAUAGAUUAAUAGAAUGUGCAUUUCUUGAUUUUGAACUUUGAAACCUCUUGAAUUUUGUCGUUCUGUUUCAUUGAGUUAAUUUGUUUACUAGUCAUCAAGCUAAAGGACUAUGACAAUGUGAUGCCGUUUUUAUAACAACAUUGAUAAGUUGUUUACAUGAAAAACAUGAGUGUUCCCAUCAAUGUUAUACCACUAGUUAGAAGCAGUAUAGAGCUAGUUGUUUAUUUUGAUAUUAUCUGUUUGUUUGACUGAAUGAAUCAGAAUUUGCAUUGAAUACAGA